CGUGAGGCGGCCGGCCCGGCCGGUUCCCCCUACGCCUUUUCCCUUGUCGAUGUGACCUUGGCUAGUUGGCUAGGUCGUUUGGCCCACCCGGCCUUAGGGCUUCACUGGUUUCUUCCUCACCCAGUCGUGAGGCGUGGGGGGUCGGCGUGGGCGAAGCUCCGUGGACACCAGCGCUCGGACAGUAAACAUGAGUUCCAGUGCUUUGACGAAACCGCAGAUGCGAGGUCUUCUGGCCAGGCGUCUGCGGAUCCAUAUGGUUGGAGCAUUCAUUGUCUCCCUGGGAGUUGCAACUCUCUAUAAGUUUGGUGUGGCUGAACCAAGAAAGAAGGCGUAUGCAGAUUUCUACAGAAAUUAUGAUUCCAUGAAAGAUUUUGAAGAAAUGAGGAAGGCUGGUAUCUUUCAGAGUGCAAAGUGAUAUAGGAAUAAAAAGGUUACUUUGGAUAGAGUUCCAUAGACACUUGUCACUGAUAAGUGUUCCUGAACUGUGAAACAUCAAAAUAUCGACUAAAGAAUAGUUCUCAUGACAAAUAAACACCAGUGUGGACAGUAAA